GGCGGCGGGAGCAGGAGCUGGAGGCGGCGGCGGCGGCGGCGGCGGCGGCGGCGGGAGCCGGAAGAGGAGGAGGGGGAGGGGGAGGGCUGGCGAGCAGCAUGGUCCAGGCUGCACCAUGGGUCCGGAGCGGGUGACAGCCAGGGAGCUGUGCGAGAACGAUGACCUGGCCACCAGCCUGGUCCUGGACCCCUACCUGGGCUUCCGGACGCACAAAAUGAACGUCAGCCCAGUGCCUCCUCUGCGUCGGCAGCACCACCUGCGCUCAGCGCUCGAAGCCUUCCGGAAACAGCGGGACUUGGAAGCAGCCUACCGAGCCCUGACCCUGGGUGGCUGGAUGGCCCACUACUUCCAGAGCCGUGGCCCGCAGCAGGAGGCUGCCCUCAAGACCCAUAUCUACAGAUACCUUCGAGCCUUCUUGCCUGAAAGUGGGUUUGCCAUCCUCCCCUGCACCCGAUACUCGCUGGAGACCAACGGGGCCAAGGUGGUGUCCACUCGCUCCUGGAAGAAGAACGAGAAGCUGGAACUGCUGGUGGGAUGCGUCGCGGAGCUCCGGGAGGCCGACGAGGGCUUGCUGCGGGCAGGAGAGAAUGACUUCAGCAUCAUGUAUUCCACCCGGAAACGGAGUGCCCAGCUGUGGCUGGGCCCUGCGGCCUUCAUCAACCAUGACUGCAGACCCAAUUGCAAGUUUGUGCCCGCAGACGGGAACGCAGCCUGCGUGAAGGUGCUUCGGGACAUUGAGCCUGGGGAUGAGGUGACCUGCUUCUACGGGGACGGCUUCUUCGGCGAGCGCAACGAGCUGUGUGAGUGCUGUACAUGUGAGAGGAAGGGAGAAGGCGCCUUUCGCCUGCGGCCUCGGGACGCAGCCACUGCCACUCCCAGGACUUGUGAGAAGUAUGACCUUCGUGAGACUGAGAGACGGCUGCAGCGCUACUGGGAGGCCCGAGGGGCUCGGCAGGGCCAGGGACCCCUGGGGGCACAGCGCUGCUCUCACCUGCACACCUUGCACCGCCUGGACCUCCUGUGCGCACUCUGCCAGCCCCUGCGCCUGCAGCCCUUUGGGACCCAUUUGGACCCCUCUGCCUUGUGGGUGCAGUGGCUGCCACGGUCCCAUCCUCCCCGCCGCCGCCGACGUCGCCGCCGUCCCUCCCGCCGUCGGUCGUCCCGACCGGUCCCACACCCGAGGGUCCCACGUGUCUCCCUGCACCAGUGGGGGGGCUGUGGUCCACAAUGCCGCCUUCACGGGGAGGUCACCGUGGCCCUGAGCCCAGCCCUGGCCCCAGCCUCAGCCCCAGCUCGGCCUGCCCCCCUGCAAGACUGGCACUGGGCCCGGCGAUACGGGUUGCCCUGUGUGGUUCGGGUGGACCUGAGUGGUGCUACCCCAGUCCCUGCUGCCCCUGCCAGCCUCAGACCUGCAGGCCUCGAGCCUCCCAAGCGGACCCUGGCCUUUGGCCCCUUCUCUCCACCUAAGCGUCUGCGCCUUGUCGUCAGCCAUGGCUCUAUUGCCCUAGAUAUCAAUGGGGGGCACUGAGGGCUAGUUAGGGGCGUCUCUGCCGCCCCAUCCCUCCGCCUCCAGCGGGCUCAAGUCCUUGGGAGGCAGGAGUUGUGGGCAUCUGGGCUUCUUUCCCAUUGCCCCUCCAGCAGCACCCUAGCAGGGGGCCCCCCCGCUGACCUCCAGAGCUCAGCCUUCCAUGGCAGGGGGGCUCGGGUUUUGCCCUAGGGGGUCUUCUCCCUCCUUCACUCCUGGAGAGGGCAUGGAUUUGGCUUUUCAGGCCCCUCCUCUUCUGGGUUGGAGGGUCCCCAUGGGGCGAUGUCCUGGCGAUUCUGUUAGGCCCAGACAGCCCGGAGCCAGACCCUCUAUCUCUCCCUCAGGCCGGAGGGUGAGGGACCCUUGGCAGGGGGCUAGACUUCCAGGGUUCCUUUUCCUUUCUCUCCUGGCCAGUUCCUCGAGGCCGUGAGCAGCUGCCUGGGGUCCCAGGGAAUUGGGGCGGGAGAUUUCAAGGUGCUGCCUCUCCCUGGCCAGGAAUGGCCCCUCAGACCCUGUAUUGGAUCCCCCGCCCCCCAUACCUUUCACAAGGAGCCAACUCCUUCAAUUGAACAGGAUUAACCCUAGCAAGAAGGCCCUUUCCCCAGGGUCAAGGGCCUGGCUUUCUGGGGGCCACCUCUCCUUGACCUCAGCAGGCCCCAGGACCAGCCCUGGAAGCCCUGAGGUGGGGGAGGGAAGGGUGCAGAUGGCCAGGGCCCACCCUUUUGACCCAGCAGGGAUAACCUUAGCAAGGGGGUCAAUCCCCUGACCCUAGCAGCCCCAGCCAUGGGGCAGGGGGCAGAAGGGAGCUGUCUGCCUCAGUGGCAGGAAGCUAGAGCCUAGGAAAUGUGGGGGCGCCCCCACUCCCAAACCCAGCAGGGAGGGCCAGGCAAGGAUCCCCUCCCCCCAGCCUCAGGAUGCUUCUUGACUUUACCUCCCACCUCAGUGGCACACCGCCCCCCCCCUUCUCCAGGGAGGAAAGCCAUAAAGAAAGGGGGGGCAUGGAGGGGGGAAGGGGUCUUCUGCAGAUGGCACUGUCUUUUCCUCCUUCCACAUACGUCCCCCUCUGGCUCUCAGGGAGGCCACCCCACCUCAUCUUUCUCAUGGUGCUAUAUAGUUCUGGUGCCUCCUGGGGAGUGAGGGCAAGGGGGGCCAGCACAGCCUGGGGCCCUUGGCCUCACCACCCCCACCCCAGCGAUUGGAGACACUGGGUGACGGGCAGUUUGCAACUUUCCUUUUUUUUUUUUUUAUAAAAGUCCUUGUUGUUAA